GCGUAAUCAGCUACCCUUUUGGACAUUAGGCAGAGGUUGCCGCUGGGUGCAGAGCUACUGACUCGCCUACGUCUUACUACGCGCCAGUAACAUGUUCCCGGCGUUGGAAAGAGAGCUAAAGCAGGAGACUCUUCCUGACCCCUACGAUGAUUUUAUGCGCCGUCACCUCCAGUACUAUGGAUACUUUAAAGCUCAGAAGAGCAAUCCACCAAAUUCCGCUACUACUCAGCAUGUUUGGAGGAAUAGCCCUCGGUACAUGUUGAAUGGCUCUUUUGGAGAAAGAGAUGAUUCCAUCUCGGACACCUGAAAAAAAGAAACGUUGCUAUGGCCUACGUGUUUAUCUUCAACUGGGCAUGCUCAGAUAGAUGCCGUAAGCAGAGAUUCACCGACGCUGAGCUCCCCACUUCUUAGGAGCAGGCAGCUUAUUUAUGAUGAACUGGAUGAAGCAAACCCACAUCUUCGAGAACCCCAAGAGCUCUUCUCGGUUUUCUCUAGUCAAGGGCCACUGCAGGCUCCAAGAUGGCCAAUAGAGUGUGAGGUCAUCAAGGAGAGCGUCCACCACAUUGAGUGGGUCCCACCUCAACCAGAAUAUUUCUAUCAACCUACAGGAAGUGAGAAGGUACCUGAGAUUGUAGGAGAAGAGCAAGGCACAGUCGUGUACCAGUUAGAUUCAGUGCCCACAGAAGGUGCCUAUUUCACCAGUUCCAGAAUAGGAGGCAAACGAGGGAUUAUCAAGGAACGUGCCGUUACGUUGCAAGGGCCAGAAGAUGAUACUCUGUUGUUUGAGUCCAGGUUUGAGAGUGGGAAUCUGCAGAAAGCUGUCAGAGUAGGUGUCUAUGAGUAUGAGCUCACCUUGCGAACGGACCUCUACACACACAAGCACACCCAGUGGUUUUACUUUAGAGUUCAGAACACCAGAAAAGACGUCACCUACCGCUUCACUAUUGUCAACUUGCUGAAGCCCAGGAGCCUUUACAAGGUAGGCAUGAAGCCUCUCAUGUACUCGCAGUUGGAUGCCACCACCUACAACAUUGGCUGGAGGAGAGAAGGGCAGGAAAUCAGGUACUACAAGAGCAACAUGGACGAUGGGCCGCAGCCCCUGUACUGUCUCACCUGGACCAUUCAGUUUCCUCACGACCAGGACACUUGCUUCUUUGCGCACUUCUACCCAUACACUUACACCGACUUGCAGUGUUAUCUCUCGUCCAUAGCAAACAACCCCAUCCAGUCUCAGUUCUGCAAGCUCCGAGCUUUGUGCAGGAGCCUGGCAGGGAACACCGUCUACUUGCUUACCAUCACCAAUCCGUCCAGCACCCCUCAGGAAGCAGCUGCAAAGAAGGCUGUGGUGCUGAGCGCCAGAGUCCACCCUGGAGAAAGUAACGGCUCCUGGAUCAUGACGGGCUUUCUGGACUUCAUCCUCAGCAACAGCCCGGAUGCCCAGCUCCUCAGGGACAUCUUCGUCUUCAAGGCGAUCCCCAUGUUAAACCCAGACGGUGUGAUUGUAGGGAACUGCCGGUGUUCGUUGGCUGGAAGGGACUUGAACAGGCGUUACAAAACUGCUCUGAAGGAUUCCUUCCCUUGCAUUUGGCACACCAAGAACAUGAUCAAAAGACUUCUGGAGGAGAGAGAGGUUCUCAUGUACUGUGACUUCCAUGGGCACAGCCACAAGAACAACAUGUUCCUGUACGGCUGUAACAACCAUAACAAUCGGAAGCACUGGCUCCAUGAGCGGGUCUUUCCUUUAAUGCUAAGCAAAAAUGCACCAGAUAAGUUCUCUUUCAACAGCUGUAACUUUAAGGUCCAGAAGUGCAAAGAAGGAACAGGAAGAGUCGUGAUGUGGCGCAUGGGCAUCACAAACAGCUACACCAUAGAGUCCACCUUUGGCGGGUCCACCCUGGGCAGUAAAAGAGACACUCACUUUACCGUUGAGGACCUGAAGUCCCUAGGUUAUCAUGUCUGUGACACUAUUCUGGAUUUCUGUGAUCCUGACCAAACCAAGUACACCCAGUGCCUGCAAGAGCUUAAGGAGCUCUUACAACAAGAAAUCCACAAAAAAUUCAAUAGCCUUGGAGACUUAGAAAGGAACUGGAGUGACAUCCCUUUGUCUGACAUUGAAUCCAGCACAAGUGGCUCUGACAGCUCCCUCUCAGAUGGUCUUCCUGUUCAUCUACUGCGUGUAGCAGACGAGUUGAAUCAGAAGACGGCGUCAAAGAAGCCGAAAAAGAAGAGACUUCGGACUAGGAAACAGCGGAAUGAGCAGUGCCAGAAGAAUUACUUGAUGCAGGAGCUGAAAUUAACAGAAGACGCCCCAGGAAGGGCAAGAUUCACGGCCACUCUGCAAAAGCAGCCUACUUUUUUGAAAAGUCCAGAGGAUUCUAGUUCUUCAAUAAUGAGAAAUGAAAAGCCAAGUCUCAAUGAGUUAAGUGGAAGAGACAAAAGCAGCUCCCUGGACCCACCAUUGACCAGCCUGGUUCUACCUAAGAACAAAGAAAUAACGCAGAGUAAGAAACCAGGCUUCACGGCAUCAGGCUCUCCAAAGAGACGCACAAACUGCGGCCUAGGGCCAGCUCCAGAUGGGAAGCCAAACUGGCCUAGGACUAGAUGCCCUGCCGCAAGGAAGACCCGUGCCGCCGUGGCGGUGUACCCGUCCUUGCACAUAUACACAUACCCAUAGGUGUGCUUUCGCCGUCACAUGCAGGCUCUUCCUCAAGGGCUUUGGGUAGUAUUACUGGUUUGGUUUGGUUUUGCAGGCAGUGCUGGGACCAAACCUAGGGCACUGAGCAUACCAGGCAAGUGCUUUACCUUUGAGCUGUGUCUCCAGCUCUCUCAAAAAAGUCGUGAAUUAUACACAUUUUAUAAGGGGGAAAUCUAUGAAUGGAGUGGAAGCUCUGUUCAUGGUGUAGUGUGUUGUACACGCACCGCACACUGGCCCAUGCUCUGUACUUCCACUGUGCACAUAUUCUCA